UGCUGGUGUCGUGUUCUAUCCACCAGAAGAAGUUCAGUUUUCUUUUCUCGGCGAACUUAAAGCUCCGCUCACAAUCUUCUGGGUAUUUUCUAUGAUCCUUUGGCUCUGAGGUGUAUGAUGGGAGUUUAUAGCUGUAACGCAGUGUUGAACAGCGUCUUCCCCUUUGUUGGUGGUGGUGGAAGCCACCAUAAGCUCUACUUUAGUCCAAAAACCCCCUUCUCUGUAGAAGAAUCUCGUCAUCGUUUUAGUUGCAAAUGUAGGAUGGCUAUGGAGGUUGUAGACAAGGAAGAAAAGGGCCCUCCUAGAAGAUUCAAUUGGGUUGAUGUGAAUAGUCAUCAUAUUACAGAAGAACAAGAGGAGGCAAUCACUCGGAUUCCUGUAAAGAUGUCAAAACGCUGUCAAGCGCUUAUGAAGCAGAUAAUAUGCUUCGAAAAGGGUAGCAGCUUUAGCGACAUGUUAGGUGCUUGGGUUAGGAGGAUGAAACCCAUUCGAGCUGACUGGCUUUCCCUUCUUAAAGAGCUCAACAAUCUUCACUCUCCCUUUUAUAUCAAGGUGGCUGAAUUUGCGCUGCUGGAGGAUUCCUUUGAAGCCAACCCCCGCGACUAUACCAAGAUCAUCCAUUACUAUGGGAAGCUUAACCAAAUCCAAGAGGCUGAGAAAACUCUCGUUUCUAUGAAAAGUCGAGGCUUUCUCAUUGAUCAGGUCACCCUAACUGCCAUGGUUCAGUCGUACAGCAAGGCAGGCUUUCACCGCUUGGCUGAAGAAACUUUCAACGAUAUCAAGUUGCUCGGGGAACCACUUGACUAUCGAUCCUAUGGUUCCAUGAUUAUGGCCUACAUCAGAGCUGGCACUCCGGAGAAAGGAGAGGCUUUGCUCAGAGAAAUGGACUCCCAUGAUAUCUGUGCCGGGAGAGAGGUUUACAAGGCCUUGUUGAGAUCCUACUCUAUGUCUGGAGAUCCCCAAGGAUCCAAGCGUGUUUUUGAUGCUCUUCAGAUCGCGGGGAUCACCCCCGAUGCAAAGCUAUGUGGACUGCUCAUCAACGCAUACAGUGUCUCGGGUCAGAGCCAGAAUGCGCGUUUGGCUUUUGAGAAUAUGAGAAAAGCCGGAAUCAAAGCUACUGACAAGUGUGUGGCUCUUGUGCUCUCUGCAUAUGAAAUGGAAGAAAAGCUCAAUGAGGCGUUAGGGUUCUUAGUUGAGCUUGAGAAAGACUCGAUCAUGGUUGGGGAAGAAGCUUCUGCUGUGCUGGCUCGGUGGUUUAAGAAGCUUGGUGUUGUUGAAGAAGUUGAGUUACUUCUCAGGGAAUUUUCAUCCCACAAGACACUCUGACAGGCAGGCUUAAGAGAUUGGGAUCCACAUCAUCAUGCUUGCAAACGAGAUACACAAUCUGAUGUUUCUAUCUACUAUGCAAUGGUUCAAUAUAUUAUCUAAUCCAUUGUCCAAUAUACUUGCAUUCUAAUCUCAUGUUCUAUUUACUGUC